GCCGGCCUUCGCAGUCCCUCAUCUCUACUACUUCAGCUAUCAAUGGGACAUCAUCAUUAUGCUCCUUUUGAUGGUCUUCAACCUAUUCAACUCUCUGUCUAGAUAAGAUGUUCGAGUGGGGAACUAAGCGCGACCCAACAGACGACACGAAGACCAUGGAGCCUCCCGAAACUCCGGCGCAUUUGUUCCCUUUUCGCGCCCUCAGGACGGUUGUAUUCGGUACACCAGGCCCAGAUGCAGACGAGAUGGCUUCACAAUCAAGACCACAGACACCUGAGACGCAGGAAAAACCCGAUAUUCCCAAGACAUUAGCGAAUGAGGGUCAAGAGAAGGCUAGGGUUUCCGACAAAAUAAGUAUAGGUGCGACAGGGCAAGCGAAUGCUUCACCUACGAAGAGCAUACUCGCUACUCCAGGAACCACGUCGAACAGGCGUAAAACUGUAUCUUUUGGCGAGGGUGUUGUUGAUAACGAGCGGAAGCGAGAUGAGACGUCAACAAAGUUAUCGACCACUCCGGCUAAACCACCAGACAAUACCGGCAGCCAGUGGAGCUCUGGUUCCUCAGGCAAACCUCCCAGCAGACUGAUGCAAACCUUGCUACAUGCACGAGAGGAAGCAUCUCAGCAGUCCCGUUCUGUGAAGGUGGAUGGAGAGAAUUCAACAAAGUCAGAUAAUAAAUCACGGCAACAACCAACAGAUGCAGCGGAUGACGACACUGUUAAUCUAAACGAGCCACGCUCUCAGUCUGGCAAAUAUUGGAAGGCCGAAUUUGAAAAUUAUCGGAUAAACACCAACAAGGAAAUCAAGAAACUGAUCCAGUACCGUAGAGCUGCAAAGCUAUACGCUAAAAAGAAGGAUGAGGAAGCCUCCCGUCUAGCUGCCAAAAUUCGAGAAGAAGAAUCGAAGGUUGCUGAGAUGGAAAGUCGUGUAUCACAACUCGCGUCCACAAUGGUCGGUGAAGGAGCAAAAGCGGACAAAGAGCAGCUGAUCCAAGAGCUUACAAAGCAGACAGCUCUUGCAUUGCAAUACAAACAUCAAGUCAAGUUAUUGCGUAAGAGUCUUGAACAGCACGGCGUUGUCGAUAGCGAAAUCGAUGCUGCUAACACGCAGACGGAGGGACAAAGACAAGGAUCAUCCGAGAAAACAGAGGAUCUUCACAAGACCCAGCGAGCAUUGGGUCGAGCCUGUGCGAAAGUUGAAGAGAUGAAGCGCCAGCAAGAAGACCUCGAGCGACUUCAGGACCUAGUUCAAAGUUCGGAAAAGAAAGCUUCUGCACUUGAAAAGGAAAACAGCACUCUUAAGCAAACUAUUGCGCGGUAUAAGCAGGAAAUGACGAAGUACGAAGGCCGCCGCAAAGAGAGGGAAGCCAAACUUAAGCAAAGGGAAACAAGAGUGGAGGCACGAUUUCUUGAUUGCAGGGAACGCUUGAGAAGGGCUUCCCAUCAACAUCGUGAAUCAGAGGAGGCGCUCAAAAAGUCCUUUCAUGAAGAACGUCGCCGUAUGCAAGAGCAGAUCGACCUGCUAAGGCUGAGGAUAUCUGCGAUUGUGGAGAACUUCCCGCAUACCGCAUCGCAUGACCUCUCGUACGAUCUCGAAAAGGGCCAUAGGAAUAUUCAGACACAUGACUUCGACCUCGCUGCUACUCAGGGAGAAAGCAGCAAUGAUGAUGACGAUUAUGAGCCUCUGAGUCCAAGCCCCCGCUCGAAAGUUAGAGGUUUACGACAUUCCCGGGUGGCAACCGCAGAUGAAUUAGACAUGAGGAGAGUGACUGCCGAUGAUACCUAUGAUGGCAGCGAACAUCAGACAUAUUUCGGGGAUACACCCGGAAAGACGCAUGAACAUCGUUCAUAUUCAUAUCACGCUGCGCCGGAGGGAACAGACAUUAUUCUACCUUCAUCUCCUCCUAACUUGCCUCCAGUUGAAACAUCGAGCCGGUUACGUACGGUCAAGCAGAAACGAGAUCCAGCCUGUCGUACCAGUUCACGUCAGCAUCCAUCCUUGGAUACAGCAAGGCUGCCCGCAGAUGCAGAUAUAAACAUACCACGUUCUCACCAUUCCAAAACACGUGGUUCUGCAAGGCCCACCUUUGAUGGAAUCUCUGGAGGUUCCCUAACCGGAAUGCCAAUAGAGCGUGUCAAGAUGUCUGAAAGAUUUAAACAUCAGCCUUCUAAACUGGAGAAGAUACCUCCAGAACAGUUACCGGAUGCAUUUGCAAGCUUGAGACGGGAAACAGAGAAUAGGAAAUCCAAACAGCCAACCAGGGGCAAGGAAAACUUGAGGACCGUUUCUUCUUAUUGAUAGAGGCUACAGAUUAUCUUUCGUGUCUCGGUACGCAGUAUAGGAAGAUAAUGCUGACGAAAAUAUGGUCCUAGAGAAGUGACUUCUCUGGCGUAUUGGAACACCUCUUCUUUUCCCUUUUUGCUCAUCGGAUGCCAGCUCUCCUUGUUUGCUGACUUUGGUCAUUUGUCUCGCUUUGGUGUUUUCUUUUUGAUGCUUCGGACCAUUUGUAUAGGAUUCUUUCUUUUGUUUUAUUUUCUUUAAUUCCUCGGUCCUCAGACAAAUAACUACUGCUUAGGUACUAUACCCUGGUCAUUUUGUUCUAUUCCAUCUCUUUGCGAGUGAAUGAACGUGCUGCUUUCUUUCCAUCUUAGUUCCUUUUAUUUCAGGAUUACUUCCCGUUUCUUCCUAUCCCUUUUCUUCCUAUUCUAAGUGGUGCUGAAUAAGUCCAGGUUCGAUGGCUAUUGUACGAAUGCCUGUCUGUAACUGGGAUCGUAGAUUGGGGAUAUUGCUAUGCGAAGUGGUUUCAACAUCGCAUACCUACUCUAUAUUGCACAUUCCCAGUACCUAGCCCAAGGAAAAUUUGAUGAUAUCGAAACGUAAGCUA